AUGGAGUUGGGUUUGGUGUAUACUACAUAUUCAAAAGAAGAACAUUUGGCGGUAUGUGGUCAUGAAGUGAGUGAGUCGCUAAACUCCAUCACCACCCAACUCUGAGUGACUCAUUUUCUCACGCCAAUAACACCCACACCACCACACCCUUCCAAAACCCAACAAAACCCAAAACUCCCCCCUCUCCAUAUAUUCUCCAAAUUCUCUCUUGCUCUUCCAUGGUGUUUCUCUCCCUUUCCAGCCAUGUUCUCCAUUUCAAGGUGGACUGAGUUAUUCCAGCGCAAGAGCUUUCAAAACAGGAACAGUAGUGUCAGUGGAAGCAGGAACGACAACGACAUCGUCGUCGUUGUUCCCAAGGAAUGCUACCAAUGCACCCAAGCUGGUAUCCCUUUCUUCCAUUCUACUCUCUGCCCCGACCCUUCCCACCACCCCCACUGGGAGGCCUCCGCCGGGUCAUCGUUCAGACCCGCCCCGACAACCACCGUUCCGACCAGAACCCAUUCCCAAGCCCAAGAUCACCAUCAUCAUCAUCAUGAUCCGUUGUUUCCUUUGGGGCGAGUGGUCGACCCGCGUAGCAAGACAGUGAAGAGGUGGAACAGGGUGGUGUUGCUGGCACGUGGAAUGGCGCUAGCCGUUGAUCCGCUGUUCUUUUACGUGGUGUGGAUGAGUGGGGAUGGGUCCCCUUGUUUCUACAUGGACGUCGCGCUGGCGAUGAUCGUGACCGUCGUUCGCACGUGCCUUGACGCGAUGCAUUUGGGGUACGUGUGGCUUCAGUUUAGGAUGGCGUACGUGUCGAAUGAAUCCAUGGUGGUGGGGUGUGGGAAGCUGGUGUGGGAUGCUCGUGCCAUUGCGUCUCGUUACCUUCGGUCUCUCAGGGGUUUCUGGCUCGAUGCCUUCGUCAUCAUCCCUAUCCCUCAGAUAGUAAUUUGGAUUGUUGUACCAAAGCUGCUUAGAGAAGAACAAAUCAAAUGGAUAACGAGAACAUUUCUACUGAGCUUCUUAUUUCAAUUCCUCCCCAAAAUCUACCACAGCAUUUACUUGAUGAAAAAGCUACAAAAGGUUACAGGUUACGUGUUCGGCAGCAUUUGGUGGCGUUUUAAUCUCAAUGCCAUUGCCUACUUAAUUGCUUCCCACGUUGCUGGAGCAUGCUGGUACGUUCUUGCAACAGAGCGUUUAGUGUCAUGCCUCCAGCAACAAUGUGCAAUAAGUAGAAAGUGUAAUCUCAAUCUUUAUUGCAAUAAUUCACAAGCAUUUGGAAAUACUGACGGGGUUAAUUAUUCAUCAAUCAAUUCCAAGUGCUUGGAUGUAGAUGGACCUUUCAACUACGGAAUUUACAACCCGGUUCUUCUUGUGUUCUCCAGCAAUUCCCUCGCUGUUAGGAUCCUUUAUCCUGUGUUUUGGGGUUUGUUGAAUCUAAGCUCUUUUGGUAAUGAGCUAGAACCUACAUGUAAUUGGCUGGAGUUGAUAUUCAGUUGCUGCAUAACACUUGCUGGUUUAAUACUCUUUGUUACAUUGAUAGGGAAUAUACAGGUUUUCUUGCAUACUGUGAUGGCAAAUAAGAAGAAAAUGCAGCUGAAAUACAGAGACAUGGAAUGGUGGAUGAAGAGGAGACAAUUGCCAAACCCUUUAAGAGACAGAGUCCGCAAUUUUCAACGCCAUAGUUGGUCAGCCAUGGAAGGACAAGAUGAGAUGGAACUAAUUCAACACUUGCCCGAUGGACUUCGAAGGGAUAUUAAACGUUUUCUUUGCAUAGACCUUGUCAAGAAGGUACCUCUGUUCCACAUGCUAGAUGAUCUUAUUCUUGACAACAUUUGUGAUCGAGUCAGGCCUCUAAUCUACUCUGCUGGUGAAAAGAUUAUAAGAGAAGGAGACCCUGUUCAGAGAAUGGUGUUCAUAGUCCGUGGACGUGUAAACCGCAGGCAAGGUCUAAGCAAAGGGUUCAUAGCAAACAGUGUGGUUGAACCAGGUGGGUUCUUUGGGGACGAGCUACUUUCUUGGUGCCUACGCAUUCCGGCUGCGAAUUGGCUGCCUGUUUCUUUAGCCACAUACACUUGCAUUGACUCUGCAGAAGGAUACGCCAUAGACGCACACCAGCUUCGCUAUGUUGUCGACCAUUUUCGUUAUAAGUUCGCUAGCGAAAGUCUUAAGAAGACGGCCAGAUACUAUUCGUGUAACUGGCGAACAUGGGGUGCAGUGGUCAUUCAACUUGCUUGGCGCCGCCGUAGAUUGAGGAAUGGGACUAAUCUUCCUAUUUUGCAGAAUGGAGACCCUGAGGAUCGGCUCAGGCAAUAUGCGGCCUUCUUCCUAUCAAUUAGGCCUCAUGACCACCUUGAAUAAAGAGCAUGUACUAGAUAGUUGUUCAAAUACUUAUAAAUAGGCGAAACUUUGCAACUAAAAAAAAAAAAAAAAAAAAAAAUUAACAAGAAAUGUGAACUAGUCAUGAUCCUUCCUGCUUCUACUCUUUGCUGGUUUAGUUUAAGCUAGAACAGAAUAAAUUAACUAUGUUAAUUGACUUCAAAUAUUGAAAAUGUAGAAGGUGAAUAAUUAUAUAUGUUAUUCCCCAAAAAUGUAUAUGUAUAUGCUCCUGGUCAUAAGCCUAGCUAGCUAGUUAGCUGCCCAUUUGGUUUU